GAGGGACGGGGCGCGCCGGGUCACGAGGCGGCGGCGGCGGCGGCGGCCCUCUGCAGGCUUCCAGCCGGCGGGAAUCGCGGGACGGAAGGGAAGCUAUUUCCAGGCUCGAGCAGCGCGAGAAGCCAAACCCCCAACGCCCGGAUUUGGAAGCGCGGCGGCAUUCCAGCGGGGCGGAGCGGAGCCGAGCCGAGAGCCGAGCCGGAACCAGCGAAGCAGGCGAAAGGGGAGCGCCGCAACUCCGGCCAAGCGCCGCGCCAAGUCCCCGCCGAAGCCUCGGGCAGGGCGGCCCAGGCAGUCCCCCGCCCGCCCGCCCGUCCGCUCGCCGCGCUCUCCAGCCCACUUGUUGCUUCGCUCUCCGCAGGGCCGGAGCGGAGGGGGCGGGGAAGGAGCCGGCCGCCCGCUCGCGGCUCCCUCGGGCCGAGCCGACCCCGAACGCCCGCCCGCCCGCCGCAGCCAGAGGCAGCCGAGCGCCGGGCCCGCAAGCAGCUGGCGUGGUGGUUCUGAGACGGGCCGCCCAGCUUCGCCUCGCCUCCCGCCGGCCACUCGGGGCCGCAACCUCGGCUCGCCCGGCCGGGCGAGAAACGUCAGUUCGCAAUCGCAGCGCCUGAACGAGGCGGGCGGCUCCAGCCCCGGUUGUGAAAGUUGCCGAGGAGUUAAUCAUUGCCAAAUCCCCGGCGGAGCUCGCUCUGCAGCGCGGCACCGGCAGCUCUGCUCUGCUCCGCGGCUCGCGGCCAUCGCGCCAGCCUUCCCGGGCGGGCGGGCAGGCAGGCCGUCAAGGGGCCAGCCCCGAGCUCAGCCCGACAAGCCCACCGCCGCCGCACCUGCUCCGCCGCCCGCGAUGGCCGCGCUCGGCGCCCGCCGCCGCCCCUGCUAGAGCCCCACGCAGGUAGGCAAGCCGGCUCGCGGCCGCUUCUCCCCGCCGAGAACCCGCUCGCCCGCCGCCGUCCCGCCGCGCCAGCCAUGGAGGUGCACGUCGGGCUGGGCAGGGUGUACGCCCGGCCGCAGGGCAGGACCUUCCGCGGCGCCUUCCAGAGCCUCUUCCAGAGCGUGCGCGAGGCGUUCCAGAGCCCCGGGCCCGGCGCAGCGCGAGAGGAGCCCGCGCCCGGGCCCAGCCAGCAGGCCCCCGCCGCCGCCAGCCCGCGGCACCAGCCGCCGGCGCCCGGCUCUCCCACCUACCUGCCGCUGGACGAGCCGCCGCAGGUGAGCAAAGCGCUGCAGCCCGACGACCGGGAGCCGCUGCCGGCCGCCGCCUCUUCGGCCCCGGCCGCGCCGCCGCUGCCCCUGCUGGGCCCGGCCUUCCAGAGCUGUCCCGGGGACCUCAAAGACCUGCUGGCCGAGAGCGGCGCCCUGCAGCUGCUGCCGCCGGCGGAAGGCGAGGCGCGCGGCGGCGGCGGCAGUGGCGAAGCCGCGCCGGGCAAGGAGGACUUUCUGGGCGAGAGCGCCAAGGAGCUGUGCAAAGCCGUGUCCGCCUCCAUGGGCCUGGCGGUGGAAGCGCUGGAGGCGCCCGGCGGCGAGCUGCUGGCGGCCCGCGGCGACUGCAUGUUCGCGCUGCCCGGCGCGCACGCACGCCCGCUGACGCUGGGCAGCUGCAAGAUCGUCGAGGCCGACGAGGAGGGCGCCGGCGGGCGGGCUGGCGAGGGCGCGCUGGCCAUGGACGUGCCGGGCAGCCUAAGCCUCUACAAGGGCUCGCCCGAGCUGGACGAGCCGCUGGCCGCCGCCUUCCCUGGCCGCGAGUACUACAACUUCCAGCUGGCGCUCGCCCCGCACGGCCGCAUCAAGCUGGAGAGCCCGCUGGACUACGCGGCCGGCAGCGUCUGGGGCGCGCAGUGCCGGCGCGCCGCGGAGAUGCCCCCGCUGCCGCCCCAUUACGCCGGCCCGCCCGGCCCGGCCUGGCACCCCUUCUUCGCCGACGAAGGGCAGCUCUACGGCCCGUGCGCCGGCGGCGAGAGCGGCGCCGCCGGCCCCUUCGGCUACGGCAGGAGCCCGGGCCCGCCCGGGCAGGAAGGGGGCGACCUCCCCGCCGAGGUGUGGUACCCGGGCGGCGUGGUGGGCAGGAUGCCCUUCGCGCCCGGCGCCGGCUGCAUCAAGACCGAGCUCAGCCCCUGGCUGGAGGGCUACGCGGGCGCCUACGGAGACGUCAGGUUGGAGUCGGCCAGGGACCACAUGCUGCCCAUUGACUAUUACUUCCCACCACAGAAGACGUGCUUGAUCUGUGGGGACGAAGCUUCUGGGUGCCACUAUGGAGCCCUCACCUGUGGGAGUUGCAAAGUCUUUUUCAAAAGAGCAGCUGAAGGCAAACAGAAAUACCUCUGCGCCAGCCGAAAUGACUGCACCAUUGAUAAGUUCAGAAGGAAAAACUGCCCUUCCUGCCGUCUGCGAAAAUGCUAUGAAGCAGGGAUGACCCUUGGAGCCCGCAAACUGAAGAAACUGGGCAACCUGAAGAUGCAGGAGGAAGGAGAAGCGGCCGGGCCUUCAAGCCCCACAGAGGAGCAAGCCCCAAAGAUGACCAUGACCCGUAUCGAGAGCCUGGAAUGCCAGCCCAUCUUCCUCAAUGUCCUGGAAGCCAUUGAGCCCGGUGUGGUUUGUGCAGGCCACGACAACAACCAGCCUGACUCCUUCGCUGCCCUGCUGACCAGCUUGAAUGAGCUUGGUGAGAGGCAGCUGGUGCAUGUGGUGAAAUGGGCCAAAGCCUUACCAGGAUUCCGUAACCUGCAUGUGGAUGACCAAAUGGCAAUCAUUCAGUACUCCUGGAUGGGUCUGAUGAUUUUUGCUAUGGGGUGGAGAUCAUUCACCAAUGUGAACUCGCGGAUGCUGUAUUUUGCUCCAGAUUUGGUCUUCAACGAGUACCGGAUGCACAAAUCUAGAAUGUAUAGCCAGUGUGUCAGGAUGCGGCAUCUGUCACAAGAGUUUGGAUGGCUUCAGAUCACUCCUCAGGAAUUUCUCUGCAUGAAAGCGCUUCUCCUCUUCAGCAUUAUUCCAGUGGAUGGCCUGAAGAAUCAGAAAUUCUUUGAUGAACUUCGGAUGAACUACAUAAAGGAACUUGAUCGUAUCAUCGCUUGCAAGAGGAAGAAUCCCACAUCCUGCUCUCGCCGUUUCUAUCAGCUCACCAAACUCCUGGACUCUGUGCAGCCUAUUGCCCGAGAGCUGCAUCAGUUUACAUUUGACCUCUUGGUUAAGUCCCACAUGGUCAGUGUGGACUAUCCAGAAAUGAUGGCUGAGAUCAUUUCCGUGCAAGUCCCCAAGAUCCUCUCUGGAAAAGUGAAGCCGAUCUACUUUCACAGCCAGUGAUGGAAAGGGAGCCAAGACCCCGCCCCCGCCGAUGCCCUUUCAGCCAUCGCCUGCCUGUCCUCUCUGCACUACAGCACUGCAGUGCCUUGGAAUACUGUACCUUACAAAGAUAUACAGUAACAAAACACUACCUGCUGAGAUUUCUUUCAGUUUUGAUUAACCCUUUUCCCCCUUCUUGAGGUAUUCUGCAAGCUGAGUUUUGUGUCCUGGCUUUUGCCCUGCUUUGAAUGGUGUGUCUCCCCCCCACCCCCACCCCCACCCCCACCCCAGUUGUUGUUGUUUUGGGGGGUGGGGGUGGAAUUCGAGCAGGGUAACAAUGUGGCAUGAUGCCCAGAGACAUUUGUUUACAUGCUUGCACUAGUGCAUUUCCCACCAUGGUUUCUGUGGCCGCCUGUGCUGCCCUGGAAGCUUUGAAACACGCACACAAAACACACACAUCUCCUUUUGGCUAUUGUUGCUGUUGUUGUUUAUUUUAUUCUUUUUUUAAAAAAAAACACAAGCUGACAAGCAAGUUGAAAUGAAAAAAGAACAUAUUGGGAGCGGGUAAAUUUUUCUUACUAUUAUUGUUUUCUCAGUGGGGUCACCCACAUCUACAAGAUGCAGGAGGAUUUCCUCAGAGAAUGUGAGAACGGAACACGUACCUGCAAGUCCUGUGCCAAAAAAUCAGCCCGUGAGAUUGUAGCGGAACAAACCCAACAGACAAUAGAAAGAUCUCUUUUUGCAGCUGUGGACAUCACACCAGCCCUGAUUCUGCAAGAGCGUGCCUGUGCAACUGGGGCUACAUUUCUGCAUGCACAGAAAGCCCCGGGCACCCUUGCUGAGCAAACUAUGCAUAGAGAGCCAUGCAGCCGCCAUUCAGACCAGCAGCGCCAACCCUUCGCCUCCCAACAGACUCACUGCCAUGUUCUUGCCUGCAGUGCCGGGUGCUGCCCUGCCGUGGCUACCCGGGCAUCUCUGUUGGCUUCAAGGUGCUUGCAGCAGCAUUUACUUGACAGGGGACAUGUCAGAUCUGCACUGUGAUUCUUGUGUUCAUCAAAAGAAAAACAACCCGAAGAGUUUGAGGGGGUUGCCAGUGCCCCGAAGACUACAGGGGACUGUUUGGCAACCAUUUUUUCUUCUGUGGACCUUGAGUCCAAACGAAAGCUUGCCCAGUGACUGAUCACAUUCCAUUAGGCUAACUUUCUCAUCCACGUCACACAGGAAGGUGCUCUUUUGAGAAAGCAGGCCUUUGGCUCCGAGUGCCGGCUGCCCUUCUUGUCCCUCUCCCCUGCCUGUGCCCGAGGCCUUCGCCCCAGGGUGCCUCUUGCUCAGCUGGGCUCACCUGGAGACACCUCCUUGCUCGACUUGCCCUUUCAACCAGCAGCAGGUGGAGGUCCCAGAAGCAACGCACAGCCAGAACUCAGCCUUUUGGACUCCUGAGAAACUAUAUAGCAUUUCAUCAAAGCCAACUCCCCACUGGGGAAUCUUUUUUUAGAAACUGGCCUGAGUCUGCUGGUGCCUGGUGGGGGAGAGGCCCUUGGGCCCCCGUUGCCUUCCUGCUGUUCUUGUGAGAUGCUCCUUGAAACUGCCGUUUGCCAACCCCCGGCAGCUGAAGCCGCCUCUGCUGGGAAGAAGGAGGCUCACGCGCCCCCCCCCCCCCCGUGUGAUCGCUGACUGCCGAGUGUCACAGGCUGACCCUGGGUGCUAAGCCAGGCAAGGAAAAUGUAUUUCAGGCAGGACGCCUUGGAGUGCUCAAGACUCUCUCAGAAAAAAACCAACACACACACGGGCUUCUUGUUUUGCUGCGUUUAAAAGAAUGCAGUGAUUUGAGAAACACCAUCGGACAGUGCAGUUUAAUGUGCUAAAAGCACGUUGGUUCGAUUAAGAACCACAGUGAUGUGUAUCUUGUUUAACCUCUCCCCCUCCUGCAAAAAAAACCUUGUUUGCCAUCUCCUCGGAGUACCAUCGUGGUGCCAGUUGCCCAGCAUGUUCGCUGUAGUCCAUCCACUACCCCUGAGCAGUAAAGCUUUUGUCUCAGCCUGGCGGGUGGAAGUUGGUCCAUCCUCAGCAGUUUUAAGUUGCCGCUUCUCUUCAGUGGUAAUCCGGUGACGUUGCUGCUUUCUGGCAUGCUCUGAAGGUCAUUAGAAGCAACAGCCCAGAAUCUCAGUUAAUCAUUGUGGAGAUGCAUUGUUAAAACUACCGCUGGCCCCAGAGUAACAUAACCUGGCUGAUGCUUUUCAAGGUUUGCAGAGUUUUUCCAUUGCUUACUAUCUAUCAUCUGUGCUGUCCUUUGUGGUAGCAAAUAGUUGACCCCCUUUCCUGGCUUCCCUGCAUUACACCGAGUCUAUAUCGUUGCGCUGAGAAGUUAGUGGAAAGUCUUGUUUGGGCUUCUUCAGCGGGGGGGGGGGGGGGCGCACAGAUAACUGCUCAGCUCUCCAUGUGAAAGUUUUGGCUGCUUGGUGCAGAAAUAGCCACCUUUGAAAUUCAGCAGAACGGGUGACAAGCGCUGUCCAUCCUGAAGCAUCCAUUGUUUGGAUCAAACACAGAUUUAGUUUUUCCUCUACAGAUGCAGAAUUUGUUAGUUGGAAGCCAUCAGCACCCCUUGUUACCCCUGCAGACUGGGGGGGUGAGAAAUAACAGAGUUCAAUUUUAUACACAAACAAUAAUGAAAUCAAAAAUGAAAUUUUUGAAAUCAACUGUGAAUUCUUUGGAAAAGGUAUAUGUGCCAACUUGAAGUGCCAUCCACUGACUGAAGUUCUCUCUGCUGAACUUUUAUUUGUGUUUGCCUGUUCAGACCUAGCAGUGGGGAGUAGCGUACUUUCUAGUUCCAUAGCUCAUAAGUCUCAAGGUGGGCCCCCCCCCUAACAAUUAACUGGUUCUACCAAGGCAGAUUCUUCAAUCUGGGUAUGCCGAUGCAUACCAGGGAAAGUGGCACCACAUCCUGCAAGAAUGCCACAGUCCUCCAGCAACCGAAAGACUGACGGGAAGGUUGAGGUGGCAUCUGAUAGCGAUCUUCUACAUGGCAGGCAGCUUCCUGCAUCUGAGGAAGUCACUUCGGACCUACAGAAGCAGCCACCAUAAACUUGCCAGUCAAAAAGGCCACAAGAUGCUUUGUAAUUUGUUGCUCUGACAGAAUACGUAGCUGGUCUUUCAGGACCCACCCUUCUCUCUACCAUCAGGCAACAUAUCAGGCAUGUGGCUCGGAAGAGAACGGGCAGCUGCUGCCUCCAAUGAAAACGAUGUCAAUAUUACUAGGGGGAAGGGGUAAAGUAUUUACUUUCUUCAGUUUACUUUUCACGGCUGCUGCUGCAGUCGCAGUUUUUAAAAAAAGAGCUUGGGAAAUACCAAAAGCACCUGGCAACGUCUUAGCCGUCCUUGUUUUAAUUAUGUAUUGUUAUGCAUUUUUAAUGUUUUACUUAUUGCUUGAGAACAUUUUAUUCAGCUGUUUGAAAGUUGCCCUUCUGAACACUAUGCAGGUUGUUUAGGCAUUUUGCUUGCUGGGUCUGGGUCUCCAUUUGGACUUUCACGUUCUUGAAGGUCCUGCAGUCCCACCACCCUCCUGACUCGGGAUGAGGAAGCAGUGGAAGGGAAACAUCCCCCAGAUACAAAACAGUGGUGCACUUUCCCAGGCUGUUGCUUGCUGGGCACGGCAGGAUGGAGCUGGCACGCGUUCAGUUGGGUGUCCCUGGGAUGACCGAAGUGGUCUGGGCAACAAAGUGAUUUCAGAUUUCUGGAGAAGCCCCUUUAGGAUUUAUGCACUUUCGGGAGACCCAUUUUCCAUAAGAGGUCAGGGUAUGCCAUGGUGAACAUCGGAGGAUGUGAAGGGAAGGGGAGUAUUUUGAAGCACAGGACAGAGCCACAGCCAGACCCCCUAUUUGGAGAGGCAUACAUCACCCCUUUACACAUGACAGCAUCCCCGGGGACAUAAUACUGGGUGCCUAGCAGCUACGGAAAGGACUCAUUGCUCCUCAGUUCUGUUCCUCUUGUGAUGCUGGCCUCUGCUCUUUGGCUUCUAUGAAAGCAGAGGGCACAUCAACGGAGGCAAAUCGCAGCCUGUUUACAUUUUUGCCAAUUGACUAGAAGCAAAGAAAGGCUAUAGUUGAGUGUACCGCACAGAUAACAACAUCCCUCCAUAAUACAUAUUUUAAAAAUCUGCACUUAAAGAUGCCUUAUAUGUAUCAGUAUCCUUUGCUCAUUCUCUGUCUCUCUCUCUGGUUUUGGAAGCGUUUUUCCUGUGCCAUAUUGUAGCCACAGGAGCUGCCCACAAUCACCUUGCAAACUUUGCUUGCCUUUCCUUUUCAGUUGCAACACUUCCCCAGAGGAUACAUUGAUGGUGCUAUUGCCAAAGAACGACAGCUGUAAAAACCAAGGCCUCCCCCCCACCUCCACAUAUCACAAGGACUAUAAUCAAAGGGGAAGGAGGCCAUUCGCCACUUUAAGGCAUGUGUGGCGAGAGGAGAAUGGGUCUAACAUAUGUGUCACUGUCUGAGGUUUUUUCUUCUCUGUGUUCCUGUAGUGGAGCUGAUUGUGUGGCUGUAAACUAUGCCUCCAAUUUUGGUGUGCCCAGAGCUGCCAAAGUCUUCUACUGCAGAAGGAAUCGCAUUUGGUUUAAGGGACAUAACUUGCACUAGAGGGAUAGCAGGAAGACCGGCCCGUUUCUGCUUCCCUUUCAAUAGCAUGAAGGGUCUGUUUGCAUACGGAGUGUUCAGAGUGUCCAGAAUGUAUUGUGAAUGAGUGGUGGCUGCUACAGCACCUUGGGGUUUUUUUAUACAUUCAGGGGAUGCUUUAUUUGAACAAUUACCAGAUUGCUUAACCCCCCCACCCAUUUUGCAACCUUCAUAUUACACCUUGAAAGUGAAGCAAGAAACCAUAAGGAAGCCUAGGAUCAAGUGGGAGAGGGUGGAGACAGUGGGGCCUUUGGCCUUUUGCACACACCGGCUGAAAAGAGAAGCCAUUCCUGAGCUUUGGGGGUGUUCUGGAGACCCAGUGCACACACAGUACAAUCCCAAGUGGAGUGACACCCUUCUCAGUCAGCUGGCAUCAAAGGAUUUAGAAGGGUCUGCUUCUGGUUGCACUGUCAGGCUUUCUCAGGCGUAAAGUUGGGAAGAGGGCGUGUUUAGAUGUGCUAUUGCUCAGAGGUAGUUGAGUCAAGCACAAAUCUUUUGCUUGCUAGCCAGCUUUGCAGUUGCAAGAAGUGUAAUUGUUCUUGCCUUUGUAGCAGAUGGAAUAGAGAAAGGGACUGGAUCAGCUCUUCUCUCAGGUGGUGGAAACGUGCUCUGCCUUCUUGGGGUAAGCUGCAGACCCUUUUGGAAAGCUUUGAGAGCUGUGAUCAGUGUCCACUGGUGCUGGCAAGAAGCCCAUACCCUGCUCAGCAUUUUGUGCUAUAAAGGGUGGAUUUGGAAGAUUGCAGCACCUUUUAAACAAAAAAAACUUUUAUUUGUUAGCUUGUUUCCAUCUUUUUUUUAAAAAAAAUCUUCACAUGCAUAUGUUUUUGUUUGUUAGAUAGGGAGACAGGAGAUGUUGAUUGUAGUGUGUGCGUGAGUGUGUGUGUGUGUGUGUGUGAGGGGGCGGGCUAUCUGUGAAAGGAGGGGAGUAGAAUGUUAAGUUUUCAGUUGUCUUAAUAAAGCCAAAUAAACUUGUGAAGCUAAUAAAAUCUCAAAAUCAGCAAGGCAGCUGAAAUGUAUAAUAUAUAGACAAUUUCAUAAGCUGGGGUGUGGGUUUUUUUCCUCUCAACUUUAAAGAAAAGUGGGUUGUUGUAAAAAUUCAGUCAAUAGCAGCAGAUUUAUUCUGCUGUGCCUUGCCCCAGGCCUGGUGACAUGCCAGCCAAACCGCCUGGCAUGUUCCUCCGCAAGGAUUUGUGUUCAGUUGGCUGGUCACACACAACUGUGGCUUGUUUCAGAGAGUUGCCUUUACCUUGUGGUGCCAAACCCCACCCGCAAGUUCUCCUGCUGAAUCUGGUGGGGGAGCUUGGGGUGGACUUCUGCAGAGCCAGCAUGUGGCACUGAAGGAACCCCCAGAUGGAGCCGCUGGGUGCAGUGCCAUGGGAACAGCUGCUGUACAGGCUUUGUUGAAAGGAAGGAAGGGUGUUCCUUGGUGAGUUGUACCCUUGGAAAUCAAAGCACUCCGUCCCCAAAAGCUAUCUAGGGCGGCUGGAGGCCCCUCCCCCACCCACCUGUAUUGAAUUGCUUUCAUUUUGGCUUGGCAGAAAGCAACCAGGUGGCGUGGGGCGCAAUGAGCAGAGUACCGUACUAAGAGGCCUAGAGUUACAAAAGAAGCCUGUGGGUUCUCAUGGCUGCAGUCCCUGGCUGGCUUCAAGGGAGGGUGACCAGCCAUCACUGGACUGGGAGGAGGGCACGUCCAAUGCUGUACUUAAGAGCUCAUUUUUUGUAAUCUUGGAUUUUCUGGUUGCUCCAAUUAUAAUAAAAAAGCAAAACUUUGUUGGAUUAUA